CUCGCACGAAAACCUCUUUUAAAGCCGAAAAUUCAAACAUUAUACACUAUUCAAGAUGUACCUGUUCAAUGCAUGUUUCGCAUUGUUAUUAACUUGCGUUUGCUGCAAAAUUCCUGAUUAUGUAAAAUUAUGUCGCAAAAAUGAUUCAAACUUAUCUCAAUGUUUAUUGGAAAAUGUAAAUCGCAUUACGCAACAUUUAGCUGCUAAUGGCGAAGCGACAUAUAAAAUACCAAAUAUAACAAAGAUCCAAGUGGAAAAGAUAGCAAUGCACGCGACACCUGAAUUAGAAGUCGAAAUGCGCAACAUGAAUUUAAUUGGUCUUGGAGAAACAGAAAUUAAAGAAAUUUCCAUGACUGAUAACGAAUUAUUCAUAAAAGCAUAUCUUCCACGGUUAGAAUUCGUAGGAAUAUACGUCUUCAAUGGGAAAAUGUUAAUUUUAACUCUGAAAUCGAGUGGAGACAUGCAUGUCAUACAAACUGGUGUUGAUUUUGAAUAUAAAGCUAAACUAUUGACAGAAGAACGUCGAGGUAAAAAGUAUUACUAUGUCAGCGCUGAACCAGAAGAUACAAGAACCAAUAUCACACACAUCAAGAACAAUUCCUUUAGUUUUGGUAAUUUAUUUCCGUCGGAUCAACGAAUUAGCGAAGAAAUGAACGUUUUCUUAAACGAAAAUUGGCGUGACGUCUAUAAUGAAGUAAAAUACGCAAUGGAAAAUGCAUACAGUUGGUAUUUAAUCAAUCCAGUUAUAAAUGGAUUCUUAAGACAUAUACCAAUCUAUAAUUUAUACGAAACAAAUUAACUUUACCAGAUUUAAGAAGUUUACUUUAAAUUAGACACAAUUGAUACACAAUUUACAUUUUUAUACACUUUUAUAGUCCAUGAAUUGCACAAUUUUGUUCAUUUUCAUAACUAACGCCUUUUAAUUGUGUCUGUAAUUACUUGCAACUCGAUAAACACACGUGUUGGUAGGUAAUAGUAAAAAAGGUGCAAUGAUUUAAUAAAAUGCAGAUUCACGCUGAUUCGUUACAAUUAAUUACGUUACGAGUAUUUUAUGCUUAGUGAACUUGGAAAGGUAUAAAAGUUAGUCUCAACAUAAAAUGAAUUUAGUACUAAAUACUACUAGUAAUAGUUAUCAUAAGUUAAAACUUUCAUUUAAUUAUUUCUUUUGCGAAUAAAAAAAUGACAAAAUUUAUUGUAUUUCUUCUUGCUUGCAUCGCUACAUGCUCUGCAUUUAAACUUCCUUCUUACAUUAAUAAAUGUAAAUUCAACGACGACAACAUGGGACAAUGCAUAAUGGACAACAUACCUGUGAUUAAGCCACAUUUAAAAGAUGGAAUCAAAGAAUUGGCAAUUCCACCGUUAGCUCCGUUCCAUGUUCAAGAAAUUCUCAUCGAUGCUAGUCAAAACCUGAAAAUCAAAAUGACUGAUUUGGAUGUUCUACAUUUAGAUGAAUUUGAAAUUAAAAACAUAAAAUUAAAUGCAGAAACUUUUGAUGGCGAAAUGGAAUUCCACUUUGACCAAAUCCAAAUUCUCGGCACCUAUGACAUCGACGGACAAAUCCUGGUCUUACCAAUCAAAGGACACGGCCCAGCCAAUAUAACCCUAUAUCAAUUCAAUGUGCUUUUCAACUACAGGUUCCAACCGAUAGAACGAAAAGGAAAAAUGUUUGUGAAUAUUUCCGAUCAACGUUACACUUUUAAAUCAGGAAAAAUCACUUUGCAUCUGGAUAACUUAUUCAACGGUGAUAAAACUCUUGGGGAUCAAGUGAACAAUUUCUUGAAUGAAAAUUGGCAGGAUGUCGAAGGCCUUCUGCGACCUGCUGUGACCGAAACUGUCACUACACUGGUCGGUGCCAUUUUUGAUAAAAUUGCAAAAAGUGUACCUUUGGAUGAAUUAUUCCUUCUUGAUUAAGCAGUAAAUCAAAGUUUAAUAUAUCACAAGUUACGAAACAUCUUAUUUAAUGUAUAGAAACAAGACCAUUUAAAACACACAAAACUAGUUUAUAAUACUUCAUAAAAUUGAAUUGCUUCAAUCAAAUUUAUUGUCAAAUUUUUCUAUAUAAAUAAAUUCAGAACGUGUUAA